UUUACUCCAUAGAGCAGAAACAGAGAGAGCGAGAAGAGAGAGAGAGAGAGGGGGACAACGUGAGUGUCUCCUAUCUCACUAGAACUCAAACUAACGGGAUCUUCUUAUAUCCUCUACAUGCGCAGAGAUUCAAGAACCAGACAAGUGAAAGCGCGUGUCCAGUCCUCACGGAAAAAGAGAGCCAGCACGAACUGAGAUUGUUUUGUGACUUUUCUGCUUUUGCUGAACUGUUUGACGGAGGUACAGUGACCUGUGUAGAGAUUUCUCCAAUUGCGAUUUUCUUUAAUUGCGAAAGAGUAAAUAUUGUCGGAUCUUCCGUAGUGGUUUAGAUCCGGGAGUUUGCCCAUAUGCUGGAGUCAGAUUUAGAUUCGCAUUAGUUUGUUAUUUGGCACCGGUUUGAUCGCGGUGUCAUAUCGGCUGUGGAUUGAUCACGCUCAGACUGCAAACAGUGAGAGCAUCUUCUCAUUAGGACACGGCUGUGUUUCAGCACACAGGAGAGACUGAGGAAGGCGCGUGAUGAUGUUGAGGGUCUCGGAUGCUUUGGUCACUUUGGUGACUCUCUAUUGUGUGGUCAACGGGACUGUCGGCGUAUACGGCAUGAGCAUGUUCGCCGCUCAGACCUCCCCACCGGAUCCGUGCUACGACGAAAACGGUCACCCCAGAAGAUGCAUCCCCGAUUUCGUCAACGCGGCGUUCGGGAAGGAAGUGCGCGCGUCCAGCACCUGCGGCAAAACACCGAGUCGGUACUGUGUGGUGACUGAGAAAGGGGAUGAAAGGCACAGAAACUGCCACACGUGCGACGCGUCGGAUCCAAAGAAAUAUCACCCACCUGCUUACCUAACCGACCUGAACAAUCCUCACAACCUCACCUGCUGGCAGUCGGACAAUUACAUCCAGUAUCCUCAAAACGUUACUUUAACAUUGUCCCUUGGCAAGAAAUUCGAAGUGACCUACGUGAGUUUGCAGUUCUGCUCACCGCGACCGGAGUCCAUGGCUAUCUUUAAAUCGAUGGACUACGGAAAGUCCUGGGUGCCUUUCCAGUACUACUCGACCCAGUGUAGAAAGAUGUACAACAAGCCCAGCAAAGCCACAAUCACUAAGCAAAACGAGCAAGAGGCCAUCUGCACAGAUUCUCACACCGACAUGCACCCUCUCUCCGGCGGGUUGAUCGCGUUCAGCACCCUGGACGGACGACCCUCCGCGCACGACUUUGACAAUUCACCCGUACUUCAGGACUGGGUGACCGCCACAGACAUUAAGGUGACUUUCAGCCGACUGCACACUUUCGGAGACGAAAAUGAGGAUGAAUCGGAGCUGGCCAGAGAUUCCUAUUUUUACGCAGUGUCAGACCUGCAGGUCGGAGGCAGAUGUAAGUGUAAUGGACACGCGUCACGGUGCGUCAAAGACCGGGAUGGAAACCUGGUGUGCGAGUGCAAGCACAAUACAGCCGGACCAGAGUGUGACAGAUGCAAACCUUUUCACUAUGACCGACCCUGGCAGCGCGCAACCGCCAGAGAAGCCAACGAAUGUGUCGGUAGGUCCAACUUUUUAUUUCUGCAUCAUUUUUGGAAAGCGCGAAGCCUAAGGCGAGAACACAUCACCAAAGACAUAUCGUUGAUCUUUCGUCGCGUGUACAAUUUGUUUGAGAUGAGUUAGAAACCAGCCAUGACUGCCAAGUAAAAAGUGCGGGUGUUUUCUUUUUAAAUGCAAGCAUUCUACUGAAGGGAACUUUCAGGACCAUUACAGUACAACAAUAUAAGUGACAGAUUUAUGGAGAAUUCACUGAAUGAUUUGGAGAAAUAAAAAAAUAAAAAAAAAUCUUGAAAUAAUGGUUUGGAGGUAAGCAGCAAGUAGCUUAGUGCUGUCAAAGUUUAACAAAUAUAAUUUAUACGAUUUAUAACUAAAUACAACAGCCGAUUUUUUU